GAGGAACGCGCCGAGAGGCGAGAGAGCGCGGCCAUGGCUGGGCCCGGCGUCCCCGGCGCCCCCACAGCCCGAUGGAAACGCCACAUCGUGCGGCAGCUGCGUCUUCGGGACCGUACGCAAAAGGCGCUCUUCCUGGAGCUGGUGCCGGCCUAUAACCAUCUCUUAGAGAAGGCUGAGCUGCUGGACACAUUCUCAAAGAAGCUGCAGCCGGAGCCAAACAGUGUUACUCCCACCACCCACCAGGGCCCCUGGGAGGAGUCAGGGCUUGACUCAGACCAAGUCCCAUCACUGGCCACACUGAGGGUGAAGUGGCAGGAGGAGGAGGAGGGGCUCCGGCUGGUCUGUGGUGAGAUGGCCUACCAGGUGGUGGAGAAGAGCGUGGCCCUGGGCGCCUUGGAGUCGGAGCUGCAGGAGCUGCAAAGCAGGCUGGCGGCCCUGGAGGUCCGCGUGGCACGGCUGCGAGAGGCACGGGCGCAGCAGGCCCAACAAGUGGAAGAGCGGCGGGCGCAGAACGCGGUACAGCUGGAAGCUUACCAGGCGCUGCGCGCGCACGUCGGGCUCCGGGAGGCGGCACUGCGCAGGCUCCAGGAGGAGGCGCACGACCUGCUGGAGAGGCUCGUGCAGCGGAAGGCGGGCGCCGCAGCUGAGCGCAACCUGCGCAACGAGCGCCGGGAGCGGGCCAAGCAGGCGCGGGUGUCCCAGGAGCUGAAGAAGGCUGCCAAGCGGACCGUGAGCAUCAGCGAGGGUCCGGACACCCUAGGCGAUGGGAUGAGGGAGAGAACCGAGACUCUGGCUCUGGCCCCUGAGCCAGAGCCCCUGGAGAAUGAAGCUUGUGAGAAGUGGAAGAGGCCCUUCAGGUCUGCCUCAGCCACCUCCCUGACGCUGUCCCACUGUGUGGAUGUGGUGAAGGGGCUUCUGGAUUUUAAGAAGAGGAGAGGUCACUCAAUUGGGGGAGCCCCUGAGCAGCGAUACCAGAUCAUCCCUGUAUGUGUGGCCACCCGACUUCCUACCCAGGUUCAGGAUGUGCUGGAUGCCCACCUCUCUGAGGUCAAUGCUGUUCGUUUUGGCCCCAACAGCAGCCUCCUGGCUACUGGAGGGGCUGACCGCCUGAUCCACCUCUGGAAUGUUGUGGGAAGUCGUCUGGAGGUCAACCAGACCCUGGAGGGAGCUGGUGGCAGCAUCACCAGUGUGGAUUUUGACCCCUCGGGCUACCAGGUUUUAGCAGCAACUUACAACCAGGCUGCCCAGCUCUGGAAGGUGGGGGAGGCACAGUCCAAGGAGACACUGUCUGGACACAAAGAUAAGGUGACAGCUGCCAAAUUCAAGCUGACAAGGCACCAGGCAGUGACUGGGAGCCGUGACCGGACAGUGAAGGAGUGGGACCUCGGCCGUGCCUACUGCUCCAGGACCAUCAAUGUCCUUUCCUACUGUAAUGACGUGGUGUGUGGGGACCAUAUCAUCAUUAGUGGCCAUAAUGACCAGAAGAUCCGGUUCUGGGACAGCAGGGGGCCUCACUGCACCCAGAUCAUCCCUGUGCAGGGCCGGGUUACCUCCCUGAGCCUCAGCCACGACCAGCUGCACCUGCUCAGCUGUUCCCGAGACAACACACUCAAGGUCAUCGACCUGCGUGUCAGCAACAUCCGCCAGGUGUUCAGGGCUGAUGGCUUCAAAUGCGGUUCUGACUGGACCAAAGCUGUAUUCAGGUACCUGAAUCUCUCUCAUCCAUGGAGUAUCACCAUUUUCUGAGGCUGAAAGUUCUUCCACUAGCACGGAUGGGAAAACUCCAAUACGCCCAUUGAAUUCCCCUUCCCAGAAGCCAUCGUCGUCUUGGUUUUCUUUGUUCAAGAUACGGAUUAUUGCUCCCUCAGGAAAAGAUAACUCAUCAUCUGUCUGGCCCUCAUAAUCAUAAAGUGCUUUCACAAAACAGACUAGGGAGCAAGAGAAAAACAAAUCUGGUAAGAUAAUUAAUAGCCGGUUGCUUCUGCAACUACCCCUAUGCUCACAUGACAACUAAAACAGCAUCAUACAGAAUAGGAUUAAAGUUGUAAUUUUUUUACUCACUGAUGAUUAAUUUUAGGGUUCUACUGUGCAGGACAAAUGUGACCAUAUAAAGAAGAGCAUAUUAUAGGACAGGGGGAAAGUUGUGCUUUUUAUCCUAGUGAAGGCUUACUCCAGGGCAAUACAGUUUAGGUCAAAUGUGACCAAAUAAAGAGUGCCUUGUUUCAGUCUUUACCACUGGCAUCUCCGUUGAGGCUGCCUGAAACGAGUUCUGCUUCCGUGGAAUUGCUGGACGUGUGUGACCGACUGUCCAAAGUGGCCAGGGACUGCAGCAUGCUCAGGAGGCUGUUUGAGGUGGGAAACUGUAGGUACUUUUCUGGCACAUAACCCACUUGGCCAACUUUAUUUCGAGCCUGGGUAAAAGACAUGUGACAAAACAAGUUUACACACACACAAUUUAGACAGGGCACAACAAAGACCAAAACGAACUCCUAAAAAUGUCACAAGAAGGGGCGAUAUGAGCAAAGGAAUAUACCUUUACCCAGUCUUCCAUAUCUCCAUCUUCAAUCACUUCUAACACCUCAUGUUCCUCAAUGGUCAACUCAUCUGGUUGAGAAGCCUGCAAUGUAGGAUGGUCAUGGACAAAAUUAAAAAGGUUAGAUAAGGAGCAGAUGUGAGCUGAUCAUGACAAAAACUGGGGAUCAAAAUAUUGAAAUGAUAUUGAGAAACAUGUUGAACAUAAAAAUUUAAAUGCUGUAAAACUUUCAUAAUAAGGUGAAGUUUUACUUUAAAAAACUAAACAGAAUAAAACCAUAAUAAAAAC